CUUUGCUUCAAAGAAAGACGUCAAAACAAGAAUCCCAGAAUUUGUUUUACUAUUUUUUUAUUUGAACGACUUUAUUACUAUUUAGUGUUUCAUAACGUUUAAAAUUGAACCUGCGUUACUUGAGGUAGUUAAAUCACAUGCAUGUGACAGUAAAUUAGUUAAAAUAAAUCUCUCGUUAUUUUUGGUGUACUAUUUUUGUCCGCUCUACAUUCGGUACAUUGAAAUAAUUUUGACAUCCAGGAAAAGAGUUCUUCCUGCUGCUCAUGUUAUCAAGCAAGGCGUGCCCCGUGUCAUGGUAAUGUCGGUGGGAAUGGGCGACGUGCUGCGCGAGCGACUGCCGGCGCUAUGGCGGCGCAUCGAGGACGCGCACUACACGUAUCUCGAGACAGACGACAGCCCGGACAAACUGCAGCGGAAGCAGAAGUUGGAAGAUUACAUAAUCGAGUAUUUAUCUCUGGUGCCACAUGAAUGCAAGUUCGGCUUGGCGGAGACGGGCAAAGUAUUUCAAAGGACGAUCAAUGAAUUACCUGAAUUCAGUGCGUACCGCGCGGGCCUCGGCUGGGCAGCCCUGGCGCGGUACGCGGGCAAUCUCUUGGCGCAGCCCUGGCGGAAGGAGUAUAAAGUUAUUAGGCUAUACUGCGGCUAUUACAAACACGAGGUGGAAGCGAACAUGGUCGGCGCGGAGACCUUACUGCACUGCAUGGGCUACAAGUCCAUCGGGUCCGGUCGGAUGGCCCUGGACGCGCCCAUCUGCCCGGACAUGGUCGCAGCGGUCUCCAGGGACGCUCUUAUUGCGCAGUGCGAGUGUCAGAUAAUGUCCCACGUGUGGGAGUCGGUGUGGGGCAGCGGGUCGCGCGUGUCGUGGGGCGACGUGUGCCGCGAGCGCGCCGCGCGCGCCGGCAGCGCCGCCAGCGCCGCGCACGCGCUGCGCGCCGCCAGGGAGUUCAACGGGGUGGGGUACCACGAUGGUUCAGAAAUAUACUCCAACGUGCCAGUAACAGUGACAGAGCCUGUCCGAAGCAGAUACCACCAACCGUGCAAUCACAUGUGCCCCGAAGACAUGCCACUCGAAGAGCCCAUAAACCCGAUGAUUCACCCAUCCUACAUGGUCCCCAACCCUAACAUCAUCCCACAAAUCCCCCCACAAAUUGUCUACCCCCACAUGCAUCCAGACGUCCCCGUAACAGUCACAAAUCCAGUCCCGAUAGUUCCAUACGGUGUACCAUAUUACUAUCCUGUCCAAACUCCUUACAUGAUCCCCACGCCGGUUUAUCCACCAAUAAAACACGCGACGAACGUCCCUAUAAACGGUUAUCCUCCUAUGCCUCAAUACAGAUACCCUUCAGUUCCAACGGGACAGUUAAUAGAACUUGAUUCCCCGUACGAUCAUGGCGGUAAAGACGAUAGGAGAAAAAGAAGCCAAGCAGACAGCUCGAGGCGAAAUAGCACAUCGAAAUCUAAUUUCAGCGAUGUAACGUUACCAAGUUUACCCCGGUCUGACACUCAACCGGCGUUGAGUAAAGCUAAAGAAGACGGUAUGGGAACAUACGAGAGUUGGGAUUACGUAUUUAGGAAUUUGUCUAGUAAAGAGCAGGACGGCGAUAGAAGUAGGUACUCUCCGUCUCUCGAUAGAGAUUCAAGGACGUUAGACAGGUUAGAUAGAGAAGAGAGGAGGGCAAAGUAUCAGCCAACUACAUUGGAUCUAGAAGAUGGGUUGCAAGCUUUAAAUCUCGAUAGAACUUACGAUGACGACGCGUAUCGGACGGCGAAAGUGAACGAGAAUUUGAUGAGGUUGAAGCAGGAACAGGAGUUGAAACGAGCGAAGCAAUUAGCUAAGAAGCAAGCUGAUGAAAGACGGACGAGAAAAUUAGAACCGAUUGGUAAUCCUAAGACAGAUGCCUUGAUAACGCCCAAAGUGGCCCCGGAUAAGGUUAAGUUGUUGACGAAAAAGGAUAUAAAGGAUAGGAAGGAUGUUAUAAAACAGCAGAGCGCUAUGAACGGGGCGGUGGUGAACGCGGCCGAGGUGAAGAAGGUGAAGAAACCGACGAAACUAGUGGCUGUGGAGGUAGACAAGAGGCCUGUAGAAAAUGGUGUGCAUAGUGUACCACACAGUUCCAAGAGCAUAGCUGCAUCAAGUUCCACCCAACCGAAUUAUGACUUGAAAGCGCAACUUGUGGUAUCAUUGGACGAACCAGACCACGUGGGGCGUUCCCCGCCGAGGAGUUUACAAAAUGGCCACCGCGACCGGCCAAUCAGCAGGACGUCCAGCCACCAAGAGAAAGAGAGGCCGGAUACAGGGGACAGUGAGGCAAAAAGAGACAGAUGGGAAUGCGGCACAUGUACAUACUUGAACCGUGGCAACCUAGCCGCUUGUGAAAUGUGUGGCAAAUCGAAGAAAGGUCCAGAAAUUCAGCCUCUAACGUCCGGCGGUCGGGAGUGCCCCGCGUGCACUCUCGUCAACAAACGGGACGCGAAGACCUGCGACGCCUGCGGUACGGGACUAGAACACUGUCCGACGUAUAUUUAGAACCUUUGAACGUGAUGACUACUUUGAAAUUGUACCUUGUGACUGCGCCUUUUGCGGUGAUACCCGUCGUAAGCUUUGGUGAUAAGACCUAGAAGCAAUUUUAAAAAAUUAAUGUGAACGAAAUGCCUUUCGAGGCGUCUAAAAAUCUGAUUUAAAGGGGUUAGCACCGCUUUAAACAGCAAGUGUGUAGAAAUUUAAAACGAUGGUCAGAAAUUCAACGU